GUCCCAACAAAUACUUUUUAUCACGUCUGUAGGUGGCCAAAAAACCCGACCUCUCGACGUCAACAAGAUAACGUUUAUCUGUUACUGCGCCUAAACGCCUCUCAGUCCCCUAUAAAACAGCAGUACGAUCCUAUACAAAAUUCAAUCGCCGUUAGAGUCUCACAAGUCUAAUUGUCAAAUAUCUAACAUUUAAACAAUGAAUUUCAAGGUAAGUCUAGUAUUGCACAAUGUUUCUGUAUUUUUCUGACAGUGCAGUAUUCAAACCGAAAUUAAUUGUUUUCCACACGGGGGAAUAUGCUCAUUUAAUCCGGUUUUUUUAGGACUCUUUAACUUCUGCUGUGGACGGAUUAGAUCUAGAUCAGUGGUUCCCAAACUUUUCAUAUUGAUAGCCAUAUGCAUUUUUUCGGUAAAUAAGCGGGCCACAAUGCUACAAAAUUAUUUUUAAAUAUAUUUAAAUACAGUAAAAUAAAUAUGGAGGCCUCCCUGGCCACUUUCUGAGAGCUGACGGGCCACAAGUGGCCCGCAGGCCGGGUUUUUGGCAACCCCUGAUCUAGAUGGUGAAGUUAUUGCUAACAAUGUGACCAGAAGUUGGAACAUUUGAGACCUGUGAAUGCCAAUAUUUUAUAAAUUUUGUACACUUAACGUACGCGCCUUUGGGUCGCGGGGAGUGGAUAGGGGAGGGGGGGUGAUCAGAGGCGUAGCGAGGGAGUGCAGGGGGGGACAGAUGUCCCCGGGCGCCAGGUAGUUAGAGGCGCCAAAAUGAGCUUUGAUAGUAUUUUAUUGAUGAAAAUAAUGGGUUUGAGAGUUAAAAAUAAGAAAAGGGGGCGCUUUAAAAUGGAUCUUGUCCCCGGGCGCGAAUCUUGUCCCCGGGCGCCAAACACCCUCGCUACGCCGCUGGGUGUGAUGCAAUUGUAGAUGUUACUGACCACGGCCUCUGACUUAUGAAAUAUUUCAAGAAGGAUAAGAUGCACUUUAAAAUUAUAUAUACCGUUACUUCUUUAGCUAACGCUUUUCGUUGUCCACAUGUCUGUACUGAAUAGUGCCUGCAUCCAAGCACUGGAUUGUUGCUCCUUUCAAUCAAGGAUCAAGAGAAGUCUGGGCCACCCGGCUUCUUUUCUUUUUAAAACCACCGUAGAUUUUGACAUUUCCAAUUGAUAGUGAUAGUUAUAAACAGUGGCGUAUUUAGGGGAGGGGGGGUGUGGACCGCACCGGGUGACGCCACCCUAGCUACGCCUCUGGUUAUAAAAUGGCAUUAAAUUUUAAUGAAUGAGCUAAAAAAUAGCACGUGCCCUGUUUUGAAUAUAACUUAGAACGUGUUGCUUGAGAAUGCACAACUGUUCAAUCUUCUGUUUGUAUACUCCAGUGCACCGCCUUGGUUUUGCUUGCAUGUGUGCCACUGAUGCUUGCGGUCGGCAUCCCAGGAGGGCAGGUCGACUACCAAACGACGCUGACUGACCCCAAUGUCAUUUUUGCCGUCAACGCCAUCAACGAAUAUUACAGCAAACAGGGGGACAACCAACUCAGGACAGCGGUCAAACUUAUUCAUGCCACGUCACAGGUAAGGAGUUCAGAUGACAAUCAGGAAUGGGGGCAGGUGCGGUCCUCCUAGGCUCAGCGUGGUCCGUCUGGGCUUAGCGUGGUCCGCCUAGGCUCAGCGCAGUCCACCUGGGCUCAGCGCGGUCCACCUAAGCUCAGAGCAGUCCGCCUAGGCUCAGAGCAGUCCGCCUAGGCUCAGCGCAGUCCGCCUGGGCUCAGCGCGGUCCGCCUAGGCUCAGCGCGGUCUGGUUUCUUCAUUCAAGUAUUACAAGUUGCUGUUAAAUUUCGGUAAAAUCCCCUUGCCCCUGUAACUUACAGUGUAAGUUAAAGUAAGUUGAAGUCUAAUGUAACAAAAGUUAUUAUUUAUUAUUUACACAUGUGAGUGUUUACGAAUGAUAUUUUUAAUAUAUUUUUACCAAGGAUUUCUGUACAUGUUUCAUAUACAGCUAAAUGUUUUCUUUCCUAUCAUCACAGGUUGUAUCUGGGGCAAUGUUUAGAUAUACCAUCGAAGUUCAAGUAGGAGAUAAAGUAAGUAUAGGUUCACCUACCAACAUGGUCAAUUAAGGUGGCCAUCAGUGGGACAAAACUAAUUAGAGCGUUGAUUAGUAUUCAGCAAUGAGGAGUUUGUGAUGACUUAAACUGACCAACAAAAAAUUUGUUGUUUCAAUGAAUAUUAGAUCACAAAUCAGGCUGAGAAGCUAUUUGAAAUAAGAGUGCAUGGACCGAGAUAGUCUGUUGUUUGUCCUUCGCAUGCGAAGAUGACCAAUGCUAUAUUCAACGGUGAGUAAGCAGGUGACCUAGUCCUAGUUGUGAAUGGAAAGCUUUCCCACACGAGGGACACUCGUUGUUUUGGGUCCUGUUUGAAUAUGAGUCGAUUCUGCUUUUCCUUACUGUGCGCUUAUUCUUUGAGGAUUGCGCUCCAACAACGGAGUCUGCCUCGCCAGCUUGUACGACCCAUAGCAAGUGUUUACUACGGAUCAAGGUUAAUAUCCAUGGACUUGAGUGCAGCUAAUUUUAGACAGUCAUUGAAGCAUUUUUUCUGCCGACCAGCUGAGUAUGCUGGGUAGAUACAAUUUGCAUGAAAAGUUAUAAUCUUGGCGCCCUCUGAACACGUCUAUGUGGAAAGUGGAUGCGGUACAUCUCUUAUGACGUGACUCAUACAAACUUAAUUCUUCAGCAUUACGGAUAAGCCUAAUGUAGAAUUCAGAGAAGCCUGUCGAAUUUGGUCAAGAAAAAUACAGGGAGGACUGCGUUCAGCAGGAAGCAAAAAAAAAAGAAGAAAUAUACCGGUACACUAGACAGGAAAUAUACCGGUACACAAGACAGGAAAUAUACCGGUACACAAGACAGGAAAUAUACCGGUACACAAGACAGGAAAUAUACCGGUACACAAGACAGAGGAAAACCUGAAGGAAGCCAAUGCAAAAAGUGGACGUUUCCUCAACGAAUCUUUUGACAGCAAGCAGACAGAAACAUGCAAACUUUGCUUGCAUAGACAAGUAGUUGACAGGAAAUGACAUAUCUAUAUAAUACAGGAAAUGACAUAUCUAUAUAAACAGGAAAUGUCAUAUCUAUAUAAUACAGGAAAUAAUACAGGAAUAUAAUUGCUAGCUAGGUUUUUCUGUCUCUGUAUUUCUGCUGUCGAAGAAGUCUUGGCCUGUCAUCUACUUUUUUGUACCGGUAUCGUCCAUAUUCAGGUCUUCCUCUACCGUGUGUAUCUUUCCAAUUAGCUCAUCUCGCUUAUGGUGAAUAGACGUGAGAAAACUUCCUUUUUUUUAAAAAACAUUUUUUUUCUAAUUUAGUUACCCGAUCCCGCGACACAAACGUAUAACACAAUGAUCAAUAUAUGCUGACCAUAGGCCCCUAUAUAUACUUUUUUUUAUUUCCAGACGGAGGUUUGCACCGUUGCCGUUUGGAGCCGACCAUGGUUGACUGGAAAUGAAGCCACUCAGCUGCACGAAACCCCUUCAUGUGGACCCCUCGCUUUAUAAAUGAACACAACCCUGAAAGUAGAUCGUUACUGAUAGCCACACAUUUAGCUCUCAUAUUUUUACUAAAUUUUACACAUUAAAAAUGUAAUAUCUUAAAAAAUUGUGUAACUGGAUUUUGAUUUGUUUGUCCUUUAUUGUUUCGAGACGUUAUGACGGUACAAUGAUAAAUUCUAGGGAGCGGAUUAAGAGAAAAAAAUGACAGAUGCCAAAUUU